AUGGGGUCGAGGCUCGAUCGCUUAGUCACUCUUUUGGAGACGGGGAGCACGCCAGUGAUCAGGAACACGGCUGCCCAGCAACUGGCUGACGUCCAGAAACAACAUCCAGAGGAACUGUUCAAUCUACUUGGCCGCAUUGUGCCGUAUCUUCGAUCAAGAUCUUGGGAAACGAGGACCGCCGCAGCCAAGGCAAUUGGCGGGAUCGUUGCCCAUGCACCCAAGUUUGAUCCAAAUGCCGACGACAGUCUACCCCCUAAAGAUGAGGAGAUUGAAAGAACCAAAUUAAAAAAGGAAAGGGACAACGCGGGUGGCUGUUUGGAUUUGGAAUCUCUGGACCUGGUUUCCAUCAUCAAACAUGGCCAGAAGCUGCUGGGAAGUGCCGGCAGAGACUAUGAGCUCUCCCUUGCCGGUUUGGAUGCCACAGCAAGAUUAGAGCAGCAGAAGAAAACGCUUGGCUGGCGCCUUGGUCUCGAGGGCGAAUACGCGGAAGACGACAGUGCUAAUGAUUACGACGUCAAUGACAGUGGCUUUUCCAAAUCACGCGGAGCAGGGUGUGCCCCGCCCCUGGAUACCUCUGUUUCGUCCCUGGUUCGCCAGCAUAGUCUGACGGCGCUUUCGCCGCAACCAGUUACUUCUCCGAAUGACCUUCAGACUCCUAUGAACGGCGAAGAACACGGCCUGAGCAAACGCCAAUUGAAUCAACUGAAACGGAAGCACAAGCAAUCAGCAAGGAUGGGGGGGCAUAAAAUCAGAGUUGUUGACCUCUCUUCUAGAAAAAAUUCCGAUAUUCCUGGAACUCCAGCUAGCACUACACCCCAUCCCAUCAAAAAAGAAAAUGGAGAGGAAAAUGAAGACGAGAAGAUCGAUUAUUUUUCUCUGAAACGCGAAGGGCCGGACGACGAUUCCAAGGUGGUUACCGAAUUCAAGGGUGCUGUGGUUCCGGAAAAGUCCUUCAUUCAAACUGAUUCUGAGGAGCAAAAUCUAGAGUGGCCGUACGAGCGUGUGUGCGAUUUCUUGAUGGUGGACUUAUUCGACCACAGCUGGGAGAUUCGGCACGGAGCCGCUAUGGGUCUUCGAGAAAUAAUUCGCGUUCAGGGAGCUGGCGCAGGCCGUCUAUGGGGAAGGUCGAGGGCGGAAAAUGACGAACUUAAUCACCGCUGGCUCAACGAUCUCGCCUGUAGACUUCUUUGCGUGUUCAUGCUGGACCGGUUUGGAGAUUAUAUCUCGGACAACGUCGUAGCGCCAAUUCGCGAAACAGUCGGGCAAACUCUAGGCGCACUGUUAUCCCACCUCCCUUCUCAGUCUGUUGUGUUGGUCUACCAAAUCCUCCAUAGGAUCGUGAUGCAAAAGGAUUUGGAUACCUUGAAACCGAUCUGGGAAGUCUGCCAUGGAGGAAUGAUUGGCUUAAAAUAUUUGGUUGCCGUUCGAAACGACAUUCUAUUCGAAGAUCCCACUGUCCUAGAUGGUGUUAUUGAGGCUGUGAUGAAAGGCUUGGUGAUUACGACGAUGACGUUCGUGCAGUUAGCGCCGCUACACGACCUCAGCGCGAGCACAGGUUCUGUGAUGGAUGUUCUCGUGAAGCUCUGCACAUUCCCACCGGUGCUGGAGGCAAUGAAGACCAAUGCCGCUCAUGACCCCGAAUCGUCGUUUGGGAAUCUCGUCCCUCGUUUGUUUCCUUUCCUUCGACAUACAAUUUCAAGCGUACGAUCUGCUGUUUUACGUGCUCUGCUCACGUUUUUGAAACUGGAGGAAGAAGGGCAAGAUUCAUGGGUGGACGGUAAAGCACUUAGACUUAUUUUUCAGAACCUGCUUGUCGAACGACAUGAAAGCGUCCUUAAGUUAUCCUUACAAGUUUGGACACAAUUGCUUAGAGUUCUUAACGCUCGACAAGCGUUCGGCACAGACCAGCUUGUCGCCCCGAUCCAGCCACUUAUCACGGCGACCAUGAAUCCGUUUGGAGUUCCCCGUUACCCUAUACCUAUGGAUUUGUGUCUUUUCAUUCGACCCUCCGGAUCGCCUUUUACCUUCGCACCAACUGUCCUACGAAAACAGUCAGUUCCCGCGGAACCUGCGCCACGAGGUAGAAGGAGAAAAACCGAAAAGAAGGAAUCGCAUGUGGUGAUGACACAUAAUGUGGAUGGCCAUAUGUUACAGGGCGAUAUUGACUUGGUUGGUAUGGAUACGAUGAUAAGGUCGAAAAUCUAUGCUGCUAUCGCGCUUGGCGAAUUUUUGUCGACGUGGGAUUCCGCCAAUGGGCCUAGCAUAUGGGAUCGAGUUUUACCUGCGUUGAAUUGCCCUGGCUCCACUUCCCAGCUAGUGGCAGCUAUGGUGAUCGAGGAGUAUACGAAACGGCAAGGUCCUUCUUCUCGCUAUGCCUCUCUCCUGUCCCAAUGGCUCAAUCCUUCGAUAGAGACUGAGCGGCCAUCGUGGUAUAGUGACAUUGCAUGCUACCUGCAUAUCGCAAGAGCGCAAUGCCAUUCACUUCUUAACACUUUCCGAGAACACGCGCAUGUUUCACAAUCUAGACUCCCAACUUUAGCUGUGGUAGUUCAAGGAGAUCCAGAAGCUGGACCGAACGCCUUCUCAAUUCAUGAUGCUGAGAAGGUUGUGGGCCCGGAUUUCGACAGGCUUAAGAAAGACCUAUCGCCAACCCAACGCGUCACUGCACUUCAAGUGUUGAACGACUCUCGCGCAAGCGCCCAAGUUGCUGUCGAUGAAGCCAAGGAAGUAAAAGAGCAACGUGAUAUGCGGGUUCGGGCUGCCAUUGCCGGCUCUUUGGUUGCCCUGCAGGAUAUACCCAAAAAGCCCAGCCAUAUUAUUAAAGCCAUGAUGGACAGUGUGAAAAAGGAGGAAAAUGUUGAGCUCCAGCAACGGUCAGCAUCCGCCAUCGCAUCCUUGGUGGAGUAUUAUACUACAGCUACCAAACGCGGACCUGUUGAUAAAGUCAUUGGUAAUCUUGUUAAAUUCUGCUGUGUUGACACAUCAGAAACGCCAGAAUUCCAUCACAAUGCCCACCUGGAGAAAGCUAUUCUAUCACUUCGCAAAGAAGAAGAUAGGAAAGAUCCAAUUGAUGCGGCCAAGUUUGAGAAAGAAUCACGAGAAGCUAGGAUUAUGCGCCGCGGAGCGAAAGAGGCUCUAGAGCAAUUGGCGACAAAAUUUGGAGCUCAGUUAUUAGAAAAGGUUCCAAACCUUGCUUUCCUCAUUCGAAAUGCCCUGAAGCAAGCUUUGAUGGGAGAGCUUCCAAACGACAUCAAGGAUCCGACGAAUGAGUUAGGACAAGAGACGGUGGACGGGCUGUCGACAUUACGUGCGCUAGCCCCCAAGUUUCACCCUGGCAUCUACCCCUGGGUUAUUGAACUUAUGCCUCUUGUUGUAAAAGCGUUGCAAUGCGAACUUUCCGUCAUUCGGUACGCUGCUGCUAAAUGCUUCGCCACCUUGUGUAGCGUUAUGUCUGUCGAAGGCAUGACAAUGCUUGUGGAAAAGGUCCUACCCUCGAUCAACAAUGCGUUGGACGUCAACUGUCGACAGGGCGCCAUUGAAUGCAUAUAUCAUUUAAUCCACGUAAUGGAAGAGAAAAUUCUUCCGUACGUCGUCUUUCUUAUCGUUCCGGUGCUUGGGCGAAUGAGUGAUUCAGAUAAUGACGUGAGGCUUUUGGCAACCACUGCAUUUGCGACACUUGUGAAGCUCGUCCCGUUGGAGGCUGGCAUUCCUGAUCCUCCCGGUUUGUCGGACGAAUUGCUCAAAGGUCGAGACCGGGAGAGAAAGUUUAUGGCACAAAUGCUUGACGUGCGCAAAGUGGAGCCUUUCGAGAUACCAGUUGGAAUCAAGGCCGAACUGCGAUCUUAUCAACAAGAAGGCGUCAACUGGCUAGCGUUUCUAAAUCGAUACAAUCUGCAUGGCAUUCUUUGUGACGACAUGGGCCUUGGAAAGACUUUACAAACGUUGUGUAUCGUGGCUAGUGACCAUCAUUUACGAGCAGAAGAGUUCGCCCGAACGCAGGCUCCCGAGGUAAGACGACUACCGUCUUUGAUUAUCUGCCCCCCUAGUGUUUCUGGCCACUGGCAACAAGAGAUUCAGCAAUACGCACCUUUCCUUAGUUGCGUCUCAUACAUGGGUCCGCCAGCGGAACGAUCAAAACACCGAUCACGACUCAGCGAGGUGGAUAUUGUAAUUACUUCAUACGAUAUCUGCAGGAACGAUAACGAUAUCCUGUUACCGAUGUCUUGGAACUAUUGCGUUUUGGACGAAGGCCACUUGAUUAAGAAUCCAAGGGCAAAAAUUACUCAGGCAGUGAAACGCAUCCAAAGCAACCACCGACUUAUUCUCUCUGGCACCCCGAUUCAAAAUAACGUUUUGGAACUGUGGUCGUUGUUCGACUUCCUCAUGCCUGGAUUCUUGGGAACCGAAAAGGUGUUUCUAGACCGCUUCGCCAAACCAAUCGCUGCGAGUCGGUUCAGCAAGUCUUCUUCAAAAGAGCAAGAAGCGGGGGCUUUAGCUAUCGAAGCUUUGCACAAACAAGUCCUUCCGUUCUUGCUGCGACGGCUGAAGGAGGAGGUUCUGAACGACCUGCCGCCAAAGAUAUUGCAAAAUUAUUAUUGCGACCCGAGUGAACUUCAGCGAAAACUCUUCGAAGAUUUCACCAAAAAGGAACAGAAAGAGUUGGCGAAGAAGAUUGGAAGUACCGAAAAAGAGGCAAAGGAACAUAUUUUCCAAGCCUUACAAUACAUGCGUCGACUUUGCAACUCCCCUGCCCUGGUUGUGAAAGAAGGGCAUAGACAAUAUCCAGAAGUGCAGAAAUACCUCUCGGAUAAACGCUCGAAUAUUCGCGAUAUCAGUCAUGCUCCCAAGCUUACGGCACUUCGCGAUUUGCUUAUAGAUUGUGGUAUUGGCGUGGACCCAUCUACUGAAGGUGAACUGACUACUGCUGCAAGCUAUGUCAGUCCACACCGUGCCUUGAUAUUCUGUCAGAUGAAGGAGAUGUUAGACAUUGUGCAAAACGAUGUUCUCAAAAAGUUACUUCCGUCUGUCCAAUACCUGCGUCUCGAUGGAAGUGUGGAAGCGACGAAACGUCAGAAUAUCGUCAAUCAAUUCAAUACGGAUCCUAGCUAUGAUGUUCUCCUCCUCACAACAAGCGUUGGUGGACUUGGUCUCAAUCUUACUGGUGCAGAUACGGUUAUUUUUGUCGAACAUGAUUGGAAUCCGCAAAAGGAUAUUCAAGCCAUGGAUCGCGCUCAUCGUAUCGGACAAAAGAAGGUGGUUAAUGUCUAUCGUCUGAUCACACGAGGCACACUGGAAGAAAAGAUCUUAAAUCUCCAACGUUUCAAGAUCGAUGUCGCUUCCACCGUCGUCAACCAACAAAACGCCGGUCUCAGCACCAUGGAUACUGAUCAGCUCCUUGACCUCUUCAAUCUCGGUGAGACAGCCGAUACUGCAGAAAAACCAGGGCAAGACUCCGGUCUUACCGGUAAUGAAGUCGAUAUGGUAGAUAUCGACGGUGAGGUUAAAGAAAAGGGCAAAAGGGGCUGGCUAGACGACCUGGGAGAAUUAUGGGAUGACCGGCAAUAUGAAGAGGAAUACAAUCUUGAUUCGUUUUUGGCGUCCAUGAAAGGGUGA